GGGUGUACCUUCUAGAAUUACUCCGACUAACUAAUUAAAAAAAUUUUUUUAAAGGUUACAAUGAGGAAAUGAGAAGGACUGUAAAACCCCCAAAAUUGACCCGCGUCUUAUUUCCGACUGGUCCCGGUUAUCGAAUGAUGAUUGGACAGGGAUUACAAGGAAGUAAAUGGCUUCCUGGGGCAAAGAAAAAUGCUGAUUGGACGUUCCAACUUGGAAAGGAAUUUAGAGCAAAAUAUUGGGAUGGAAGAGAACAUUUGACAUGUAGUCUUAGGAGCACAAGUACCCCCAGAAGACUUUUUGUAUGAAAUCAAUCAACAAGGAAACAUGGAUCUGGUAAUUUAAAAUGCGUAACUUCAAAUCCUUUUAUUUUAGCAUGUCCUGUUUCAAAAUGUUCAUUUGAUUCAUCAUUACAUUCGGACAGAUUAAUUAAGAGAUUUUUAUUUUUUAUAGUUUUGUCAGAAGUUUCCGGUGUUUCUAUUUUCGAAAAAAACAAUUUCCGCGUAAUUUGGCA